CGCUUCCUCGUUCGCUUCCCGCCGCUGCCCGGCCAUUGGCUUCGUGCGGCGCCGCGCCGGCCCGCCCUGGUUCCCGAAAAUCUCCUUUGGGUAUCUGAAGUCCAUAUGGCUAUGUAUGAUGAAGACCUUUUGAAAAAUCCCUUUUAUUUGGCCAUUCAGAAGCGACGUCCUGAUCUCUGCAGCAAAGUUGCAGAACUCCAUGGUAUUGUAUUAGUUCCAUGCAAAGGAAGCCUUUCAAGCAACUGUCUUUCCAACUGCCAGUUUGAAUGUUAUGUACUGAAGCCACUAGAAGAAAAUUUUCAGACCUUAAAUGGAAAGGAGAUCUUCAUACAAGGAAAUCUUGUCAUCUUAGGAACUGGUUUUGACGAUCAUCUCUCGGUACCUGUUCUUUUUGAGGAAACAUUUUACAAUGAAAAAGAAGAGAGCUUUAGUAUUUUGUGUAUAGCUCAUCCACUGGAAAAAACAGAAUGCUCAAAUGAAUCUACAGCUUCAUCAAAUCUUUAUUCUCUGAAAAAUAUUGAAGAUGUUAGAGAAUUCUUGGGAAGGCACUGUGAGAGAUUUGAUAAAUACAUAGGAUCUUUCUACCGAACAUUUAAAGAGCACGAACGGAAAAGCCUCCGCCACUACAUAGAUUCUGUCAGUGCACUUUAUACCAAAUGUCUCCAGCAUCUUCUGAGAGAUUCACACUUGAAGAUGCUUGCGAAGCAAGAAGAGCAGAUGAAUCUGAUUAAACAAGCAGUUGAAAUGUAUGUCCACCAUGCUAUUUAUGAUCUAGUCUUUAAAUAUGUGGGGACUAUUGAGGCAAGUGAGGAUGCUGCUUUUAACAAAAUCACAAGAAGCCUUCAAGAGCUCCAGCAAAAAGACAUUGGAGUAAAACCCGAGUUUAGUUUUAAUAUACCACGUGCGAAGCGAGAACUGAGUCAGCUGAACAAAUGUACUUCCCCUCAACAGAAGUUACUCUGUCUACGAAAAGUGGUACAAAUUAUUAUGCAGUCUCCUAGCCAAAGAGUUAACAUGGAAACCAUGUGUGCAGAUGAUCUACUCUCUGUCUUGCUGUAUUUACUUGUAAAAACAGAAAUCCCAAACUGGAUGGCCAACUUGAGUUACAUCAAGAACUUCAGGCUCUGCAGUUCAGUGAAGGAUGAAUUGGGAUACUGUCUAACCUCAAUUGAGGCUGCAAUAGAAUACAUACGACAAGGCAACCUCUCUGACAGAUCAACAGAAUCUGACAGGCUGUAUGACAAGUUGCUUUUAAAACAAAGGAUGAACUUUUUAUCCCAGAUGUCUACUACUCCAAUAGAUUGCUUAUUUAAGCAUAUUGCUUCAGGUAAUCAGGAGGAAGUGGAGCGCUUACUAAGUCAAGGUGACAGUGAUAAGGACACUGUACAAAAAAUGUGUCAUCCGCUCUGUUACUGUGACAAAUGUGAGAAGCUAGUUUCUGGGAAACUGAAUGAUCCUUCAAUUGUCACUGCAUUUUCCCGAGAUGACCGGGGAUAUACGCCACUCCAUAUAGCUGCUAUUUGUGGGCAAACAUCAUUAGUGGAUUUACUAAUAGCCAAAGGAGCCAUUGUCAAUGCUACAGAUUACCACGGUUCAACUCCACUUCACCUUGCCUGUCAGAAGGGAUAUCAAAACGUUACACUUCUCUUAUUGCACUAUAAGGCAAGUACUGAUGUUCAGGACAAUAAUGGGAAUACUCCACUUCAUUUAGCCUGCACUUAUGGUCAUGAGGAUUGCAUUAAAGCAUUAGUCUACUAUGAUGUGCAUUCCUGUAGACUAGAUAUUGGAAAUGAAAAGGGAGAUACUCCUCUCCAUAUAGCUGCUCGUUGGGGUUAUCAAGGGAUCAUAGAAGUGCUUUUGCAAAAUGGGGCAAAUCCAAAUACUCAAAACCGGAUGAAAGAGACUUCGCUACAGUGUGCAUUAAAUUCCAAGAUUUUGUCACUGAUGGAAUUAAACUAUCUAACCUUUGAGCGGGGACAGAGUGCUUCUGAGUCACCACUUAGGUCUCCUCAGCACUCAACAGAAACUUUCAGCAGAGGAUCAUCUGUCUCUAGUUUGUCAUCAGCAUCAAUUGAUGUAAGGCAAGAUGAAGUGAAGAACAGUUAUAAAGAGGUGGAAAAACUCCUAAGAGCAGUUGCUGAUGGAGAUCUGGAAAUGGUACGUUAUCUCUUGGAAUGGACAGAAGAAGACUUAGAAGAUGAAGAUGAUGCAGUCAGUACAUUGAAACCAGAAUUCUGCCAUCCAUUAUGCCAGUGCUCGAAAUGUGGGCCAGCACAAAAGAAAUUUGCAAGGGUCCCUGCUAAUGGCCUUGGUGUAAAUGUAUCAAAUCAAGAUGGUUUUACACCAUUGCAUAUGGCUGCACUGCAUGGACACUCUGACCUCGUCUCUCUCUUGUUGAAACAUGGAGCCAGUAUCAGUGCCAAGAAUGCAGAACAUGCAGUGCCUCUUCAUUUAGCCUGCCAGAAAGGUCACUCCCAGGUGGUAGAAUGUCUAAUGAAUUAUAGUGCUAAACAAAAUAAAAAGGAUGCAUAUGGAAAUACUCCUCUAAUUUAUGCAUGCUUGAAUGGUCACUAUGAGACUACUGCCUUGUUGUUACAGCAUGGAGCUUCUGUUAACCUUUCUAAUGCCAAAGGAAAUACAGCACUGCAUGAGGCUGUGAUAGGGAAGAAUGAAGCCCUGGUGGACUUGUUGCUUCAGAAUGGUGCGAUGACACACAUACAGAAUGAAAGGAACUGUACCCCUGCAGACUGUGCUGAGCCGAAUUCAAAUAUCAUUAAGUUGCUGGAAACAGCAGCAAGCUGUGUACCUGCAUCAGCAGAGGAAGAAAAGGAAUGUGAGCAGCAUGCUACUAUCAAGAUAAGAAGGAAAGUGAACGAGCCAUGUGAGAAAGCUGAUGAUCCCAUGAACAGACAACAUCAACUCGUCCAAUCAAUUAACAGAUUUAACAAAGCAAAACAUUUACGGAGAACAAUAACAAGAGAUAAAAGUGUCCCCAAUUUUGACUAUCAGUUCUUGCACCAGGUGGAGACUUUUCGCAAGGGAGAUAGCAAAAUGGAUGUUGCGUUGUCAGCUGUAUCACAGCUGUAUGGUGUGUUAGCUAUUAAAGGCUUUGAUAAAACCAAGUUAAAAUCUGUUGAAACACUGGACCAGAACAAAGCUAAGAUUACUGACGCAGAAUGCAGUGGCGAAUUUAUGAAACAUGAUGACAUGAUAGAAACUCCUUGUAGGAGUAAAUUAAUGCACCGGAGACACACUGUUAAUGUUCCGCUUUCAGCAGAGAGUGUCAGUGGUAAUAGUUUAUCCAGCCCUGGAAGCCCAAGUAUUUCACAAUCGAGAGACUGCUGUGAUGACUUGCUUUCCAAACAUUGACAAAGAAGUGCAGAUGUGAUGUCAAAAGCUUUGGAACCAGGUGGUGUGGAUUUCAGUAUCCCUUUGCUGCAUAUCAAAGAACUCGGUGACGCUUGCAAGCUAUGCCUUCAGAAGAGAAUACAGGGAUAACUCUUCAGCAGAAACAGAAUGUUCCUAGAACUUUUGAAGACUGAAUCUGUCUUGGAGGUAACUACAGAGCCAGAUCGUUGCUGAUCUUAACAAACAGGGAAGUACUGACGUAUGUAGGCAGUAAAGUUACCUUCAUGUUCUACGUAGCACUUACUAAAAAAUCAUAUAUAACAGUAAACCAGACCAAACCCUGUAUUGUAUUUUUUCAGCCAUCCACUUUGUUUUUAAAGUCUUUGAAUAAUUUUCGCAUUUUUGGUUUUUACCACUACAAUGGAUAAAUAUAUACAAAUAUAUAUAUAUAUUUAUAUAUACAUAAAGAUAUAUUGGAUAACAAGCUAUUUAUUGACAGAGGUAAUUGAAAUGUCUAUUUUUAUUCGAAUAUUACAAACUGUUAUAGCAUAAAUUUUUCUGUAUAUUUCAGUAGCUGAGAAAACAGUAGUCCAUCUGUGACACCAUGUUAGACAUAUAUACAUGCUAAUAAUAUGAAGGGAACUAAUCUUUGCUAAUUUCUUAGUAAUGCUCCUCUGUAUCUACAACAUCAAUUUCUUUUUAGGAGUCAAGACAGUGGGGAGAAGUAGAGAGCCCCUGCAAAGCUAAAGUGUAAACUCAGUGUUCAGCCUGAUUAAAAAAUACGCAGAAGCAAGAGUGCGUAAGGACACACAAAAUUGUUUUAAGGUUUGCUUUUUUCUUCCUCUAAAGCUAGCCAUUCAAAAAGUGCCACGAAUAUUCGUGAUUCUGAACCUGGGUGACAUCUGCAGGCAAAACCGCUGCUUGAGAGCCUGAACCCAGACUGUUAUUUAAAGUGAACUUCCAUGAACUUCCAUUUCUAAAAGGUACCCCUCACAUCAGUUGGCUUUUGUUGGAAUAGAUCAUUCCCAGAGGUGAUCACUGAAGACCAAAAGCUCACAAGUAACUGAGAUGGUUGCUUAGAUUUGGAUUUUGUUUUCUACUGUUUUGGUUACAGUAGUAAAACAUGUACAUAGCACAAGCCAGGUUCCUAAGUGCAGUAUUUUUUUAUCCGUGGCUCACCACAUCCAGCUUUCAUUUUAUUUGUAUGAAUAAUUCUGUUCCUUUUAAUUGCAAUAUUAGUAAACUGCCUGGCAAAGUAGAAAGCUGGAGGACAUGCUGGUGAUUUUUUCAAGUAACUUUUUAAUCUAAGAGGUAAAAUUUGCUGCAAAUGCACGUUUAGACAUUUGGAGUUGAGGAUCUUGUGUUUAUUUUUCUAAUAGUUUAUGAGUUUAUCUGACUUUUCUAAUGUGCCUUGGAUUUGUGCCAAAAGAUGGAAAGAAAAAGCUAGUAAAGUAAUUCUUGAAA